AUGGCCGCAAAACCUAACAGAGACACGGAAGUUGACCAGGAUCUGUUGGAUCUUUUCAUGAGCUCAUACAAGAAAGGGGUGUUGAUGUCGAGAAGUGUCACCGACCAGAUCCACAAAGAGACCGACUUGAUCUGCAAGGCCCGCAACGCCAAACGGAUGGCAGAACUCGUGGCGAGCAAUCCGAGCUUAUGA